GUCACGGGCUGCGACUCGAGCUUCGGCCACGAGCCGCGCUGCGCCUCGACGCCCUGGGCGCGCGGUGUUUCGCCCAGGGUGCUGCAGCCGCGGGGCCCCCGGCCGCCUGCGCGUGCUGCCGCUGGACGUGACCGACGCCGCCUCCGUCGCCGUCGCGCGCGACGCCGUCCGCGCGGAGGUUCAAGAGCACGGCUGCGGUCUCUGCUUGCAUAUAUUUAAAUUAAAAAACAAGAAUACAUUGGCAUUGUUAAAAUUCAAGAAUACAGAAUUUGUUAAAGUGCUCAAGCCUCUAAAAGACGUGAGAACUGUGGGCUGUGAUAAAUAAUGCAGGAAUUUUGCAAUGUGCUGAAUCUGAAUGGAUGGAUAUUGAUGAUCUGAAACAGAUUUUGGAUGUCAACACAUUAGGUCCAAUUAGAGCGACAAAAGCAUUUUUGCCAUUAUUGAGGCAAUCUAAAGGAAGAAUCGUCAAUUAGCUUAGCUGAUGAAGUGGUUUUGACCUGUCUUACACCUUACACUAUAUCAAAGUUUGCUACUUUCGCAUUUUCUAAAUCACUGACAUCUGAAUUAAGUAAAUUUUCCAUAUCUGUGCAUAAUAUUGAACCAUGGAUUUACCGCACAAAUUUGACGGAAUGUGCAUCAAGUAUUCUUGAGAAGAAGAUGGAGAAGAUUCCCGAAGAUAUUAAAAAUGUUUAUUCAGAUGAAUAUAAAGAAAAAAUGAAGCAACUUCUGUAUCAUACCAUCAAUUUAACAUCCGCUGAUCAAUCUAAAAUUUAUCAGGUGGUUGAAUCUAUUGAAAAUGCUUGCUUUUCCGAAGAUCCCUUGUUACGGUACACACCUGGCGCACACUCUAGACUUGCGAAACAUUGUACAGCAUUAAUUGACUUUUUUCAACCAAUUGUUUUGAAAUUUAUUUUGAGAAGCAAAUGAUAAAAAUAAUUUUACAAUUGAAACUUGAUGUUACACUUUCUUUACAAAUGUAGUGGCUGCAUCAGAGUAUAUUUUACCAAGCCACAUACGUUCCCUAAUUAUUUGUUAGUUGUAAAUUAAAUUAGCGGUUACAGAAGUUUCACUUCAAAUGAGACCAUUCACGUCUAAUCAUUUUUUAAACAAAAUCAGAAAAUAUAGCAUAGAUAAUUUCAAAUAACGUCUCUCUAACAAUGAAGUAUUCCAUUUAGUUAACAGAGUUAUUUGAAGAAGCAAAAACCAGUAUGAAAUUUUAUUUAAUUAAAUAAAAGUUUGAAGUGAAGUGGUGAAGAGUCAAUCGUUUUAGAUAACAGCAAUUAUUUUUUUAAAUUUAUAAUGUAUUGUUCAAUGGAAUGAACUUAAUAAACUUGGCUAACUCUUAUGUGUUCCUCUGUAGUAAUAGAUGAUGGUAUUUCAUUACACAAUUAUAACAUACUAAAACCUAUUUUUGCUUUCUCGCUACGGUGUAGAGAGAAAUACUGCGCGAGAAAACAGCAAAUUUUCGGCAGAAGAACUAUUAUAGAGCCCAGCUAAUGAAAAAGUGGAUAAAU